UGCGCAGGCAGUGGGGGCAAAUGUAGAUUUUAAAUAUAUCAUUUGAAAAUAUGUGAUCGUCAAAUAAGGUUUCGGCGUUGGCAGCUUGCGAUGAGGGAAGGAAAAUAUGGCAGAUUGGAUUUUGUGUUGCGCCUCUGUGGAGCACGGACCAUUAUAUUGAGAGAAAUAAUGCGGAAUAUUUCCCCCUGUAGGUGUUAACGCAGAAAAUACAAGAUGAAGAAGCAGUUCAAUCGGAUGCGACAGCUCGCCAACCAAACGGUGGGAAGGGCAGAAAAAACAGAGGUGUUAAGCGAGGACCUUCUACAGGUGGAGAAGCGUCUGGAUCUGGUCAAGCAGGUGACACACAGCACUCACAAGAAGCUGACUGCCUGCCUGCAGGGUCAGCAGGGGACUGAUAUGGAGAAGAGAUCUGUCAAGUCACCUUCUAAGAAACUACCGCUCACAAUCCUGGCACAGUGUAUGGUGGAAGGGGCUGCAGUGUUGGGAGAUGACUCUCUCCUGGGGAAGAUGCUGAACCUGUGUGGGGAGACGGAAGAGAAGUUGGCGCAGGAGCUCAUCCAGUUUGAGUUCCAGAUAGAGAGAGACGUGGUGGAGCCUCUCUAUGUGCUCGCUGAGGUGGACAUUCCGAACAUCCAGAAACAGAGGAAGCACUUAGCUAAACUUGUCUUGGACAUGGACUCUGCUCGGACAAGAUUUCAGCAGUCGUCCAAGUCAUCCAGUCACCCGAGCACGCUGCAGCCUGGUGCCAAGUCCGAGUCCCUCAGAGAGGAGAUGGAGGAGGCAGCCAAUCGGAUGGAGAUUUGUAGGGAUCAAUUGUCAGCAGAUAUGUACAGUUUUGUGGCCAAAGAAAUAGACUAUGCAAACUACUUCCAGACACUAAUAGAAACGCAGGCAGAAUAUCACAGGAAGUCCCUAGAGAUUCUUCACAGUGUCCUGCCCCAGAUUAAAGCUCACCAAGAGGCGUGGGUGGAGAAGCCGUCGUUUGGCAAGUCUCUGGAGGAGCACCUGAAUAUUAGUGGGAGAGAGAUUGCCUUCCCCAUCGAAGCUUGUGUCACCAUGCUGUUAGAGUGUGGCAUGCAAGAGGAGGGCCUCUUCAGAGUGGCUCCAUCAGCCUCCAAGCUAAAGAAGCUGAAAGCAUCCCUGGACUGUGGCGUUCUGGAUGUGCAGGAGUACUCCUCCGACCCACACGCCAUCGCAGGGGCUCUAAAAUCAUACCUCCGUGAGCUCCCUGAGCCGCUGAUGACCACUGAACUUUAUGAUGAAUGGAUUCAGGCCUCCAACAUUCAAGAAAUGGACAAGAGACUACAAGCAUUAAUGGCAGCAUGUGAAAAACUCCCUACAGACAACUUGAACAAUUUCAGAUAUCUUGUCAAAUUCUUAGCAAAGCUAAGCGAGUACCAAGACGCAAACAAGAUGACUCCGGGUAACAUGGCGAUUGUUCUUGGCCCUAACUUGCUUUGGACACACACUGAACCGAACAUGACCGAGAUGAUGACCACCAUGUCCCUACAGAUUGUUGGAAUCAUUGAGCCCAUUAUCCAGCAUGCUGACUGGUUCUUCCCUGGAGAGAUUGAAUUCAACUUGACAGGCAGCUAUGGCAGCCCGAUUCACACCAACCACAACUCCAACUACAGCUCCAUGCCUUCACCAGACAUGGACCAAUCCGAGCGCAAGCAGCUGCACGACCAGAGCCGACGCCCACUGAGCGUCGCCACUGACAACAUGAUGCUGGAGUUUUACAAGAAGGAUGGCAUGGGCGUCCGUGUUAUGGAUACCUCCUGGGUGUCUCGUAAGGGUUCAUCAACGCUGGUACGCAAGGCUUCCUCCACACCUCCAGGCAUACAAGGCCCCGGCUCUCCCGCAGAUACACUCAUCCCCGAGCAGCCGGGAGAGCUCGCCACCUCCCCGUCAGCAACACCUCCACCUGGAGAAAGGGUUUGCUCAGACAACGUGUCGCCCAAUCGGCCGGACACCUCUCAUGCCCACCCACCCCAAGGGGAGGACCGGCCACCCCCUCCUUACCCCACCUCCUCUUGCCACACUGCCCACCACCACUUCUAUCCCAAACCCCCACCCUGCGCUCGCCCCGUGGCACCGGGUCCAGAGUCCCAGCCCCCUGGCUCGCCCCCACCCCCACUGCGCUGGUCUGGCUUUACUCCCCCAGCCCCGCCCCCUUCCUCCUCUUCUUCCUCCUCCUCCUCGUCACUUGACAUCAAUUCAAAUCCCAAACCCAGCUGUCUGCACUUCCCCAAGCACAGCCCACCUGGCGACAUGUCGCAUGCUCCCCCACCAGACAUUAAUGCUUCACCACUCUACAUGAAAACCCCCUUGGUACUAACCCGCCAUGACCAGGCCCUUGGCAACCCCCCUAGCCUCCCUUCUUCCGCGCCCCCGCCCCCGCCGUGGGCUGCCUGUCCAUGUGCCCGAGAGAGAGGACCCCCCAGGCUGACUAGUUCAUUGAAGAGUAAAGAGCUCUCCCCUGUAAUUGGACACAAAGCCAUCCAGGUGGCAGGACCAACAGUCCCACCCAGCAGUAGUCCUCAGAGCAGCAGCCAGUCCCCCCACUCCACAGAGCACAGUCCACACACCCUGCGCAAAGGUUCCAAGAAGUUGGCCCCUGUGCCUCCCAAGGUCCCUUACGGCCAGUCUGGCGGGAUGUCCGACCAGUCCACAGGUCAGCCGUCACCGGUCAGCCUGUCCCCUACACCUCCUAGCACCCCCUCCCCUUAUGGACUGGUUUGCCCUCCAGGGCAAGUACCCCCAUCCUCCCCUGGGCAGACCCCAUUGGGGGCGCCCCACUCCCUUUCGUCCCCACCCUCCCUGACCGGAACGCUCACAAAGUCACGGCCCGCCCCUAAGCCCAGGCAGAGACCCAGUCUGCCACCACCUCAGCCGCCCACAGCCCCUCCGGGGCUGACUGGCCCGGCCAUGGCCCCAGUUCCCCAGCCCCUGGAGCAGGGGCUCCUGGAUGGACUGUCUCCCGGGGAGAGCAUGUCUACAGAUAUCUUCAAUUAUGAAAUCCCCUCCAUCAAUGUCAAUCUGGACAGCCUCAUCGAUGAGUUCAGCGGUGCCCCUUGCAGGAGGUCGGUGGCAGUGACAGACUCUCCAGAGGGGGAUGCUGUGCCUGAGGAGGAGCCCCAGAGCACCACUCUAUGACCUAUGACCCUAAGGCAUCACAGCUUACCAGCACCCCUAUGGCUGUACAUACUCUUAACUGUCGCCACCAAGGCCUGAUGGAAACACACAUUGGCCUCACCAAUGCCCACCUGAAACCAGAACUCGAACACAUCUGCUACAGGCUGCAAAGAAACUCAUCUCUUACAAUUGCUCGCUAGUACAUAAAUGUGACUACAAAAAAAACACCAAAAUGCCAUAGUGGAGGAACAGUUGCCUUUAGGAGGAAAGACUGGAAUAUAGAUAAGUAUUACAUAGAAAGUUUUUUUGUUUGUUUUGCUUUGUUCAUCUUUGUUGUUUGAUGCAGUGGUCUGUAUUUCUGUGAGUUUCUCAAUUUCUUUUUGCCUUAUUGUAACAUGCAAUCAAAUUGCAAUAUGAUAUUCACAAGUUGUACAACUUUUGGUUAGGGAAACUCCUUGCAAGCCUGACAUGGUUAGGAGCAAAGCCCAUCCUCAGGGUGAAUCAGAGAGGCAGGGUAAGAAAGAAGUCUGGUUAUAUUGCUCACAGGGUAUUCAAUCUUUGUGCACAUUGGGAAAAUGCUGAGCCCUUGAGAGUUUUGCAUGCAGGAUGAAACAUUUUGUGGUUUAAUUCUUAUUGUCACACCCAGUCUUUACUUCCCCUCUUCUAUCACAUAUUACAACUUUAGUUCUUUGUCUGACAUUUACCUUGAUACAGGUAAACUCACUUUAACUCACUUUAUACCAGCACAGUAUGAGAAGAAUGUUACUGUAAAUUCAAUUUUUUGAACUUGCAUCUCUUAGUCAUUUUUAAAGAAAGCACUGCAAUGUGUUUGCAUGACAAGCCAAUAUGAACAAACUGCUUUGGAUCAAGGGCCUCAGAAUGGCAGUGUUUAAUUUUGUGCGAGUGUUUCUGUUGUUGUUCUUGUUGUCUUUGGACAAAUUUAAAUUUAGACCACCCAUGUGCUGUCACAUUUUGAUGAUAAUGGAUGGAUGACUACACUGCCUUUAGGUUCUUAUGAUUCUCUCUCUUAACCUUGUUUCAAGUGCUUCAGGUUCAGUGACCUUUGACCCCUAGUGUAAAUACAAAGACUGUACAUAAAUUGAUGUAUAUAAAUCUGAGAGGAAAAGUAUAUGUUAAAUGCAUAUCUUGAAUAUAUAUAUAAUAAUAAUAAUAAUAUAUGUGCUUAUUCUGAUCAUGUGUAGAAAAUGUAAUGAUUAAAUAUGUGAUAUUAUUUUUGUCCCUGCACACAAUGAACAGGUUUACUGUAGAUUCAUAACAUAACACCAGGUAACAACGAUGCUGCAGCAGAAGCACAGAAUGUUAUUUCUGCUAGAAAUGAAUUGUGAACUUUCUAAUUCUAUCUCCUUAGCUUUGACUUCAAAAAUGCUAGAGCACUAAUGACUUGCACACUAAUGCCCUAUAUUUUCUUUUUAUCAGUUAUUUAAUUGGUUCCUGUGCAAAUAAAAAGAUUACUUUGAGCACACUUGGACUAUUUAAUCAAUUCGUAAUGCGGAUAAAUGUAGUCCUAAGCCUAUAUUGUUGGACCUAUAUAGCAAAGUAAAUAUAUGUGCUCAUUCAAAUAGAAAUGCCGAUGUGUAGGCAAAUCUGACGCAUCUGCUGUAUCACUUCCAAAGUUGAAAUUUGUUGCAUCCUUUGUUGUUAUUCUCAUCGCAGACACUUAAUUACAAAUAAUUUCAAAUUCAUCAGAUAGCAGAUGCUGCAGUGUCACUUUUUUAAUUCCAUACAAAAUGUCUUAGGACAAUAAUUCUUUCAAUAAAAGUGCAAUUACAGUGUUUACUGAUCCUCCUCAGCCCAAAAAGUGGUCAAAGUCAUCCUUCCCAAACCUAUAGAAAAAAGCCAUUAAUUAUAUUACAAAGCAAUUGAUUUUUUUUAAGUUAGUUUUAUGUGUGAGUUUACUUCUGACAGAAAUGAAUUCUAGAUUAACCUCUCUCCAAAAGUGAUCUGUAUGCCUCGGUGUGUGUUCUCAAUGGACUAUGUUUAUGAAGAUUUUGGUGAUGUUGAUAAUUAUAUUGAUAGUUGUGGUGAUUAUACUGUAUGACAACAAUUGCAAGUGCCCUCACGCUGGUUUUUAUUUUGGAACUAUAGGCAUAAUUAAUGUGUACUAGAGGUUUUAUUUUCUGUGCUGGAUCCAUACAUUUAUACGAGGAGGCAGGGGCAUCUCUCUCUGUGUGCAGACUGAAUGUGACUCACUCAGAUUUCAAAAGGUAGGCUAACAGGCAAACGAGAGCUUGUAUUUGGAUGAAGGUUAAUUAGGGCCUGUUGGCAUGUAUUAUUAUCAGUGCAAGGUGGUAUUACUGCAAUGCUUUUGUGCAUCGUAACUGGAACUUACAGCCACCUGAAAGCAUGCAUUCAUAUUCAUAAUAAGUGUGAUUAUUAUGCUGCUGAAAAGAAAAAAAACAUCUGUACCCUCCCCCAAAACACGUCAUUAUUUUUAAUACAUAUCUAAGUUCAGUCAUUAAAUUAACUUUACAGCUAUUUUCAAGAGCAUAUUCAUAGUAACCACCUUUUGCACCAAAUGGUACACUGCUACAUAGUUUUGUCAAGCUUUUCAACUACUGUACUACUACUGUAGACCUACAUUUCCUAACUCACCUCACCACCAAGUAUGUUGGUCUAAAGUAAAGCUCAAUUUGUCAAUUUGUUUACAUUUUGUGUGGGGGGUAUUUUAAAUGAGAAAAAAAGGAAAAUCUGAAGAAGUGUCAUGCAUGCGCUUAGAUAGUCUUUUGAUAAUCCACGUUUUGUGUCAAUCACUCUCAUUUUAGGGAUUGUAAGAGGGGUAAAAUGUAAAGAUGGACUCUAAAGAUUGUGGAUCACAAUAAAUGGUCCUUUUUGGGGUUUUGAGCAAUACGAUAGAGGAGUGGAUGUUGCCUGUGGAUGUACUGCCUCCUUCUGCUUUCACAUUAGUGUACAAAGAAAUACCUGCUGCUUGUCGAGCCCACCGUGCCCACCCUGCCCACCCUUUCCUCCUCUGCUUAGCAUAUCAAGUGGAACACAGUGUGUACUGUGAAGGCU